AUGUCCACAUCCCUAAACGAGUUAAACCUGAUCCAAGUGCUUGAACAGGCAAGCAACCCACAACAUAUCAGAUCUGAAAUUCAAAAAUUAGCUGAACAACAACUAAAGCAAUGGGAGACUCAGGCGGGAUUCCACUAUUUAUUGCAAUCGAUAUAUCUCAAUCUAUCAAAUUCCUUACAGAUUAGAUGGUUGGCUGUAAUUCAAUUUAAGAACGGUGUAGAUAAAUAUUGGAGAUCCACUAGGAUUAAUGCUAUAUCCAAAGACGAAAAAGCAUCUAUCAGAGGUCGUCUUUUUGAAAUGAUCGAUGAACAAAAUAAUCAACUUUGUAUCCAAAAUGCUCAAGCCGCAGCAAGGAUCGCAAGACUAGACUUUCCUGUAGAAUGGCCAAACUUAUUUGAAGAUCUAGAAAAUUUAUUGAACAACGAGGUUAUUAGAAAAGACUCAACUAAGAUUUAUAAUAUAUUGAUGCAUAUUAACCAAAUCGUUAAAGUACUGGGUACGGCAAGAAUAGGAAGGUGCAGACCUGCGAUGCAAAGUAAAGUUCCUUUGAUAUUUCCGCUGAUCGUAAGAGUCUAUUUACAGUCGUUCGAAGAUUGGACGACAUCCUCAAAUCUUGACUAUGAGAAUCUCUCAAGUUUACAGGUCUCUUACCUAUCUUUAAAAGUGUUAAGAAGGAUAAUUUGUGAAGGGUAUGAACGCCCACAAACUGAUCAGUCCGCUUGUGACUUUAUUAAGCUAUCUGUUUCGCACUUUGAAAUGUUAAUUUCGAACCACGAAAACUUCAAGAAAUUUGAUAUUUACGAAAAGUUCAUCAAAUGCCUGGGUAAGCUAUACUUCAAUUUAGUUACUGGAUCUCCCGCCAAUUUUAUAUUACUCCCAUGCUCUACCCAAAUUCUAAUUACUUAUACCAGAUUAAUUUUUGAUAAGGCUCCAAAAGUAUAUAGAGAGAACUCCGACGUUACAGGGGACUUUUGGGAACAAACUGCUAUCAGAGGGCUUUUGAUAUUGAAAAGGGUUAUCAAUUUCAUUCACAAAAAAGGUGCAAUUACCUUAAAAGCAAGAAGUGAUAAACUCACCAUAGAUGCUUCUAUUAACAAAAUAAACACAGAGUUCUUGAAUGAGAAUUUGGUAACAAGGUUAGUUGAUACUCUAAUGGAAUGGUAUUUGAGAUUAAGACCGACUGAAUUAGAAAACUGGUUUAUGGAUCCAGAAGAAUGGAUAAACGAACAAAUGGCUACCAGUUAUGAAUAUCAAAUUAGACCUUGUGCAGAAAAUGUUUUUCAAGAUUUAAUAAAUACUUUUUCUGAAUUGCUGGUUCCAUAUUUAUUAAAAAAAAUUGAAAAUGAUGCUUCAAAAUUAUCAAACUCACUCGACGACUUUUUGAGGAAAGAUGCAAUCUACGCAAGUUUUCAAUUAAGUGCAUCCGCUGUUAGCGAAAUGGUAGAUUUCGACAGAUUACUGGUCCAAGUUUUUUUGCCUGAAGCUACAAAUACAAACAUAUCAGGCGAUGAGUUGAAGAUAAUCAGAAGGAGAGUUGCUUUAAUUAUCAAUGAAUGGUCUACCGUGAAGUGUUCGGAGCAAUCUAAGGGUUUAUGCUACAAGCUAUUCACCAAUUUCCUAGCGAACGAAGACGAUAAAGUUGUCUUAUUAACCACAGUUCAAACCAUAAGAACAAUGGUCGAUGAUUGGAAUUUCAAUAAGGAUACUUUCCAGCCAUUUUUAACUGAAAAUGUUCACUUGCUGUUAAGAAAAAUCCUACCGUCGGUAUCAUUAACUGAAACAAGACUCUAUGUUUUGAAUACUUUGAGUGAUAUUAUAAUUCAAACAAAGCCGCUGAUCAACAGAGAUCUACUGGUCGAAAUUUUGCAAAUCAUACCAAACCUUUGGGAAAUAGCGACGAAUAACGCUAACGAGGCUAUUUUGGCAAACGCAUUAUUAAGGUUAUUGAGACAUCUGGUGUCAUCCUUGGGAGAGCAAUCGCACUUAACCUGGGAUAUCGCUAUACCUGUGGUUGCAUUAGCGUGUGAUCCUUCCUCUAUGCAAUAUCAGUUGCUAAGCGAAGAUGGGUACGAACUGUGGGGAAUGCUCCUUCAAAACUUUUCGUCCCGGGAACAGGAUUUUGACGAUAAAUUUUUUGAACUAAUACCAUUUCUGAAGUUCGGUGUUGAGACACAUACGGAAAUUUUACCAACUUUACUUGAAAUUAUCAAAAGCUACGCAUUAAUUCUGAAUUCUGUACAAUUUUUCGCUAACACCACAUUCCAAGAUAUUUUCAAACAAAUGUCCAAGUAUCUUUUAAAAUUGAGGGAGGACUCUUUUCAACUAGUUCUAGAAAUUUGGGAAAUAUUGAUAUUAUCCAAUGAAUCGGACUAUGAAAAUCUUUUAUUACAAAAAUUUUACGAGACGGGGGCAUUGUCAGCUUUGUUCGAUGCCAUAUUUUUAGAGGAAGCUCCUUCGUCAUAUUUAUGCUCUCAAAUCAUUCAAAUUAUCGCUAGAAUUUCCUACGUAAAUCCAGAUGCUUUAAUGAAUUUCCUAGCGGCAUAUCAUGAAAACUUGCCAAACUCUGAUGAAAACAUGCACUUGCCAGAAUCAAUAAGAAAAAUUGCAUCUAAUGAUCAGUCGUUUGAUUUUGUUGUGAACAAGCUUCUUACUGGAUGGAUCGUAUGCUUUAAAGAUAUAUUUGAUCCUAAAUUUAAGAAAGUUCAUAUCUUGGGUAUCUCAAGUUUAUUAAGAACUGGUUUAGUUCCUAUUUUGACAGAGUUUUCAUCCAUUGCAUCUUUAUGGAUUGAAAUGUUGGAAGAAAUCAACGAAACAAAUCAUGGAGAUUGUGAAAAAUACCAUUUGAACGAUAUUGUCACGGAGCAGUCACUUGCCUUUCACCCUUUAACUUCCGAGCAGCUGAGAUAUCAUGAACUGUGCAAAAACAAUGAUCCUGUACACAAUAUUAGUUUAAAGGAUUUCAUCUCACAGACUAUGGAAUAUCUCGAAUCACAUCUGGGAAUGGAAAGGUACCAAGAAUUUUUAAAAACAAUCAACCCUAGUUUGUUAGAGAACCUGCAAAUGUUUUUAUCCAUCCAACCACAAGAGCGUUCUACCUAA